UCUGUAUAAAUAUUCAGCAAACGUUAAACUUACAGUAGUAUAUCGCUUACCUCCCUGAAAAUUACAAAACAAACAAAAAAAAUGGAUGUAAAAUUUAUAUUUAUGUUCACCUUAUUCGUACAGACUUAUUGUGAUCAUGAACAUAACGAACUGGAGUCGAUUCUUGUAAAACGUUUGACUGCUAUGACCGGCAAAGAAAAUUUUGUAGAAGAGAAUACCAAUUGGGUUUAUGUUGGAAAAGCGGAAACCGAUAGGAAGAAGCCAUCAUCACUAAAGUCCAGUGGUUACGAUCAUCUUAAGGUCAAGGUGAUUUCAAACAGGAGAAGGAAUAUUAGAAAAAGGAAUGUAACACAAGUUGGUGUAAACUGUCCUCUAGGAUAUGCAAGACCUCAAAAUGGGAAAAAAUGUUACCGCACCCAAGACAGUAAAUCCUGAAUAAUAAUUUACAUAAUUCAGUAUUGACAACUUUGUACA